GCAUCUCCCAGGCAUGGUUUCACCAUAAUGAACCGACUCAACAUCGAAAACCUGACAGAGCCAAUCACCAAAGACUUGGACUUCCAGCUCCAGGACCCCUUUCUGCUGUACCGCAAUGCACGAUUGGUUAUCCAUGGGAUUUGGUUCUACGAUAAGGAGGACUGCCAGCGCAUCGCCCAGAGGAUGAAGAUUCUGACCCAGCAGGAGCAGGUCCUGGCUCAGUCUCAAGGCGGUUGGCUGUCCCCAGCUGGAGGAGGAGUUGUUAUUGGACGCGGAGGAGUAACAGGUGGUGGUGGAGGAGGAGCUAGAAGUGAAGGAAAGGGGGUAGACAUCAUCCAGAUGUUGACCAAAGCACGCACUGAGUAUGACAAGGUUGGCAAGGAAAAUUCUCCAUCUGAGCCAAAAGAGAUUGGUGGCAGCAGUGUUCUGUGUGGAAACCCCAACCUGAUAAAACCAAUACCUGUUAAACCUAACACUCAGGACAGUGAAGGGGCUGAACCCAAGUCUCUCUCUCUGGCCACUCUCUUUGGAUCUCAACCUCAACGCUCACCCAAGCAAGACUCAGUCUCUCCUGUGUCAGUGGUAGGGAAAGUCUCUCGCCCUCCUGUGGCCCGCACGUUGACCUAUGACGAUUCCAUGAACUCUGGCAGAAGUGUGACCUCAAAGGGAGGUAACGCUGGCUAUUCAGACGGAGGGAUAAGGGUCGUUGUUGCAGGCCUGUUGCCGAGUCCCACUUCCUCUCAUCAUCAUCAGCAGCAGCAGCAGCAGCAGCAGCAGCAGCAGCAGCAACACUGCCCAGCCAUCCAGAAGCUCAUGCAGGGACAGAGAGGGGUCGUCGGGAUGCUUCAGACCGUGUCAGAGUCCCCUGAGAACAGGCUAUGCGACAACGGGGUGCCACUGGAGCAUCACCAUCACCAUGUUCACCCUCACCCUCAUCAUCAUCAACAGCAGCAGCACCACCACCAUCAUCAUCAUCACCAUCAACAGCAGCAGCAGCAGCAGCAGCAGCAGCAGCAACAGCAACAGCAGCAACUUCAACUCGACCCAAUCAAGAGACUUUUCCAAACCCAGCCACCUCCUCCCCCUGCCACCUCCUUCCCCUCUGUUGCUCCCCCCUGUUGCUCCAACCCCCCUCCUAUGCAGCAGAACCCCCACCUCUUGUCCCAGCCCAUCAUGGUGGAUUCUGGGUCAUGUUCCCACCUUCAAGUGCAACAAAACCAGCAGCUGUUUUACAGCCUCUCUAAGCCUCAACUAGAAGCUCAGCACAACAGCCACUCAGCUUCGACUCUACAGGGAGAAGGUUUGUUUCCAUCUCAGGUGACCAAUGACAAAUCUUUUCAUCCUCCACAAGGUCUGUCCUCUCAGAUGCCAGGUGUGGUGUCUCCUCAUGAGCUCCUCCAUAAGCUCCAGUUGGUCCAGCAGGAGCAAAGCCUGGCUUCCAGUGAUCCUCCUCAACUCUGUCCAGGACUGGCCCCUCGAUUCCUGGGGCCUGCUCCGAGUCAAAGUGUCGGCCCAGAUCCAAAUCAGAUCCCAUCCACCGCAGGUCAAAAGGCUGCACUGCAGUUUCAGGUCAUCUCCCCCCAGCGGAUACCAGCCACUGUGGCCCCCACCAUGCUCCUCUCUCCCAGUGUGUUCUCUCAGACAAAGUCAAGCGGUGGGUUGAUGGCAGUCGCCCCUGACAACUGCCCCAUCCCUCAACCCAGAGCCCCGCUGCAGGAGGAGGUCAGAGUUCUGUCCAGAAGUCAGAUGCAAGCCACACUGCUGCAUCUGAUCCAGAGUGACAGCUCCUUCAUGGACAUUAUCUAUGAAACCUACAUCAGCCGCUUCGCUAACGACUCCAGCACCAAGUACCAAUGACUCUUUACACCCUCUGUCUAUACAAGCACCCUGUCCAGAUCAGUGAGGCUUAUUCCCACCUGAUCUGGAUGUACAACUUCCUCCCCCUGAAUCCCACUCCAGUCACAUGCACACGCAUAUGCACAAAUAUCAGCUCUGUACUGUAUAACCAGGCAACCUGACUCUUAACUUCAAACCAUGUAGCUCAAUUUACUUAAAAAACAAAAUGUUUGUUUCCAUGAGAAAUUAAGAAACUUUUCUUCAUGCGGAUCUCCAAAAAAUGAUUGGUACAAAUGUGGCAGAACCAUACAGUCUUGACCUCACCUGUACUUCAGGAGAAAUGUAGCCUAUACUGUAGUUCACUCUUACUGAAAACAAAAUAUGCAGCCACUUCAAUUUUGUGUGUAUUUUGUCUCGUCAAAAUCUGGAGUCUUUACUUCAUCGCGAGUGUCUAACACCAGCCGGCCCCCUGGCCGUUAACAAACAAGUCUUCCUUGAACUUGUGCUCAAGAAUCUGCUCAAACUGGCAGAAAUGGAAACAUGUUAAACAUGUUUUGUUAAUAUUCAUUUGGAGAAGUCUUAUUGGUUUAAACGUCAACAGAGUUUGCCGGAUUUUAAUUUACAAUUUUUUAAAAGUCAAUUCUGAGUAGUCUACUUUCUAAAGGAGUUUUAAUAAAAGAUGAUUUACUGUCCAGAUUGAGGUUACUAUUAUGAUAUUAUGUCAUUUUGAAUUUUUUUUACAGCACACACCAGAUGUGAUAUUUGCAUUAUUUUAGUUGACUGUCUGAAACCAGUGUUGUUCACCAGCACAUUAGUUUGCCUGCAGAAAACUGUAUCCACACAAAGUUCAUAACAACCUCGGCCUGUGCUUUCUCUGAACACAUGAAGUUAUGUCCCGGUGUGAAGGAGAUAUGCUCGUUUAAUUUCACAUACUCUGGUGCUUUAAUAGUCUUAUUCCUCCUCUACUGAACAUUAUCAUUAAAAAAGGAGUUCAAAAUGACAUGGUUUUCAUUUCACUUGAAGAAACAAGGAAACUACAGGAGCUUUUCAGCCUGCACUACCUCACAGAGAGCUAGUUUAGAGGUGUACCUGUGUUUUAAUUAUUAAGAGCAGAUUGUCAUUGAUGUUAUUGGGCAUUUUUAUUUCAGUCAGAGAAGAAAAAGAAAGAAAGGAGAAGUAUCCAACACAGAAACUGUUGACAGACCUUCAAAAACUGAAGUGUCACCUUAAUGAACCUUAAAAUAUAAUAAUUUUGCAUUUAUGCCACAACACUCAUCCUAAUAAAUACAGAAAGUACUUGAUCAGAUGGUUUACAGUUAAAUAAAUUAUUGAUUGGUUAAAAAGAGUUUUAAUGCAAUAAAGAGCGAUACAGAAAGUAUAUACAAACACAUACUUUAAUAAUGUUUUGGAUUUUACAGGCUUGUCCAAGACAAAUAUUGUAUAAAACAUUAUACACCUUUACAUUAUAUGGGCUGUAAAAAACAAGCAAAACGAUACAUAUGUUUCAUUUUUUUCAGGAUCAGGGUUUGAAAUGUGAGUUUAGCUCCUGAGCUAAUUUAGAGACUUCACAAAAACAGCAGCAAAAAAUAAAAUACAAUUUAGAGAAAAAAGAAACAGAAAAUAUUUUUCUCCCUAUUUUUCUAUGACUCAAAGCGUAUCGUUCUCACAAUAGAAAUAAACAGCCUGUGACAUGACAUAUGUAUAUCGACAGUUCUUCAUCAAAGGGUGUUAUAAUUCAAAAGAUGUCACCUGUAAUCUUUUUCCGAACAUGUCAUUUGAAAAAAUCACUCGAAUGUUGAUGGAAACAUUUGUAUUUCUUUUUAUCAGGAAUGUUUUUGCUCGUACAGAAACUGGAAUAUAUUUUAAUUGGAUAUUAAAUGUUCUCAAACUGC